UUGCGAGUCGCCGCAAAGUUAUCGCGCACACUCAAUCCUUCUGGAAUCGCUGCCGACACAAUGCUUACGCAAGAUAAUGUGCCCGAAACCCCCCCUGAUGAGGACGAGGAAGAUGAUUACAUGAAUAUGGUCAUUGCAGAGCCUACAGUUCUCCAAAAGGAGACUUCAAUACAACGAAGACAACGCCAAAAACGCGAGGCAGAGAUACGAGGGCGAGUCAAAUCAAAAGCCGAACUAGCAGAGGAGGAGAAAGCAGCCAGGGAAGCCGCGCUAUCAAAAUCUAUGCUCGCUGACACCUCAUCAUCCAAGAACAAAGGGCUUGCAAUGAUGGCUAAGAUGGGAUUCAAGCCAGGAACCGCUCUAGGAAGCAAGGAUAAUGUCAACGCGAGAAUAGAGCCAAUUGGCGUCUCUAUGAAAGAAGAUCGAGGAGGAGUUGGCCUAGAUGCGGAGAAGAAGAGGAAGUUCAGGGAGGAGGUCGAGAGGGAGGGCAAGAGAGUCAAGGCGGAGGAAGGGGACUACAGGGAACGAGUUAGGCGGGAGAGAGAAGAGUCAAGACUAGAGGGCUUGGUUGGAGCAGCCAUGAGAAUUGCAGAACGUAUGAAUGACGAAAGAGAAGAGGGCCGAGCAUCAACGCUAAAGGAUCCCAACGCUGUCAAGAAUCGCACAAUCUCCACCAGGCCACUCAAGCAAAUCAAUAUCCUGUGGCGCGGUCUAGUUCGAAAGCGAGAAGAGAAGGAGAGAGACCGAAGAAUGCGAUACGACCUUCAACAGAGCCUUUCCAGACUACCAAACUACGAUGAUGCCGAGGAAGACAACGAGGACAAAAGAGCCCUUGGUAAGGAUCGAAUUCAACAUACUCUUGUCGAGGAUCUCGAGGAAGAAGACCUUGAUCUGGAUGCUUUCAAUGAAUUAGAUCCUGCCGAUCGACUCUACAAAUUGGUCCUUCACCUCAGAGAGGAGUACAAUUACUGUUUCUGGUGCAAGUUUACUUAUCCCGACAAGAAAAUGGAAGGUUGCCCUGGUCUUACGGAGGAAGAUCAUGAUUGAGGCAAUUUUUCGCUUUCGUGGAUAGCAAUGAUACCCGUUUUUCUCAGAUCAUAAGCCAUUACACCCUCUAUCUUGAACUCUGGCGACUAACUCCUGCUAGGAUCACAUUUCUGAUUAUCAUCCGACAAAUAACCUAGUGACACGUAAAUCAUCUAGUUGUGCAUCAUUAUCAUUGCAGAUUUAUUACGCUCAGAAUCAUGGCUUUGGGCUUGAUCAGAGAACCUAAAAGUAGGUUGACAAGACUCGCCGGACCAUCUAUACUGUGAUCUAUGGCAGAUCUUGCUCAUGUUUCAUUUAUAACUUGCUCACCUUGAGUUCUUUGAGCAGUCAAAUUAUUUACCGCAAUCUUUGGAUGUGUCGGUGGUACGAGGCAGUUAAAGGUACGUCUUGGAGCUUCUUGUAAUGUUCAAGAGACUAUUUGUUACGAUUUAUUGUCGUGACAGAUUCGACUGAUAUGCGACCAACGUGGGACUUCAAGUGCGAUUUGCCCAAAAUGCGCGAGAAGCAACCGUCCCCAGGUUGCGGCAUGAGCUAUAUUCUACUUGACUUACAUAUUCCAAUCCUUGUGUAAUUAUGUCUGGUGCUCGUUGGCAGGAGCUCAGUUACAGACCAUCAUAGGUCGAACUUGGUCAGGAUGCCCCUCAGAACAUAGGAUUUCUUGGCCCAAUUACUAUAAUGCAUUUGUACGCGAGUGGGAACAGCUUGUUCUUGUGCUACUUGGUAUCCAAAUGCAGUUCAAUUCACUGGAAACUUGUCACCAGCAUAACUCGCGGGCUCAGUGAGGUCGUCCCCGAAGUAUCGAUAGGUAGUCAACACUGGCCCUGCUAAGCGAACCUAGAAUCAUGAGAUUUAGAAUGUACAAGAAAGCAAGCAUUGCAACGCUGGAGUGUAUAAAAUGGCCGGCAGCGAGUGAUUGAGCACUAAGAAUAAAGAUAGACUAGAUUUACCGUGGUUUGUAAUGCCAUGUGGAGGUAUCCCG